UGUGGGAAAUUCUUCUCACGGCUGUCUUAUCUCACUGUACACUACCGGACUCAUUCGGGAGAGAAGCCCUACGAAUGUAACGAGUGUGGGAAAACCUUCUACCUGAACUCAGCCCUCAUGAGACAUCAGCGAGUGCACACCGGAGAGAAACCGUACGAAUGUACCGAGUGUGGGAAACUCUUUUCUCAGCUGUCGUACCUCACUAUACACCACAGAACUCAUUCAGGAGUGAAACCGUAUGAAUGUAAUGAGUGUGGGAAGACCUUCUACCAGAACUCAGCCCUCUGCAGACAUCGGAGAAUACAUAAAGGAGAGAAGCCCUACGAAUGUUAUAUAUGUGGAAAGUUCUUCUCCCAGAUGUCGUACCUCACCAUACACCAUCGAAUUCAUUCAGGAGAGAAGCCCUAUGAAUGUAAUGAGUGUGGUAAAACCUUCUGCCAGAAUUCAGCCCUUAACAGACAUCAGAGGACACACACAGGAGAGAAAGCCUAUGAGUGUUACGAGUGUGGGAAGUUCUUCUCUCAGAUGUCCUAUCUCACCAUCCACCACCGGAUCCAUUCGGGAGAGAAGCCCUUUGAAUGUAAUGAAUGUGGAAAAGCCUUCUCUCGGAUGUCAUACCUCACUGUACACUAUAGAACUCAUUCCGGAGAGAAGCCCUAUGAAUGUAACGAGUGUGGGAAAAAAUUCUACCACAAAUCAGCCUUCAAUAGCCAUCAGAGGAUUCACAGGAGAGGGAAUGUGAAUGUACUGGAUGUGGGGAGGCUUCUCUGAAGUCGGAGAACCUUUCAGUGUGGGAGUGGGAGACGCCUGCCGACGUACGUCAGAGCUCACACGGGUGUUGUGCACAAGCCUUUGUGUUACUCAGACUUGAAGCCUGAAAGUUCACAGGGUAGAAACUACAACUGUAACAAGACCACAGGACUUACCGGAUACCAGACUAUACAGGCGUAAAAACUGAUACGUAUUUAGAAUGUGUAUGCACUUCACCGUGGACUCAAACUUUCGUUUUACACAUCAGGGAAUUCAUACCAAGGGAAAAAUCUCUCAAUUUUAAGGAAGGUGGGAAACCUGCUCCUUUGGAAAUUAUUGAUAUUAAAUGUUAUGUUUCUGAUGUAGUAUCAAGCUUCUUAAAAGCAAAAGUACAGACGAUAAAGAUACUUGUGUAAAUAGAAGCUGUAAAAUCAGCUGACAGUAAUCAAGACCACAGCAUAGCAACCUCUCACUCACACGGGAGUGGUUCCUGGGAAUGUAGGACUUACGUUCAUUUGAGGGAUUUUUGGUUUGUCUGCGUGCUUUUUAGGAUGCUACAUUACAGGAAGUGUAUGUUCAGUUUGAAUCAUGUUUGAAAAGCCAUUGUAUCUUUAUUAGAAUGAUUUGUAGACAUGGUAAGAUUAUCCAUUUUAAAUAGCUCCGCCUUGUUAGUAUCCUGAUACCCUGGUACCGUCCCUGAACUAACAUCUGAUAGUCUCAAGUACUUCUUGUAUUCUUGCCUGGCAUUUAUGAAUGUCUUUGAUCAUUGUUAAUGAAUGAAGUCUUCUGUAAAGAAGCCAAUGUUUUAAUAACAUGUUCAGCUGUAUCUGAGUCAGCAAGAGUUAGAAAUCUACGCAUAUGAUAGAAAAGUGCUUAGAUAAUUUUAAAUUGCUAAUGCCAGACUUUUCCAGUAGUAAGAAGCGCCGGUAGUACUCAUUGUACUCUAUACAGUAACAUUUACUUAAAAUAUUUAAGUACUUAAGAUAUUCCCAUUUAUAUCAGUUUUUUUCCAUCUGUUUUAUUUGGAUGCUUACAGAAGUGUGCAGAGCACACAUACUAUGUAAUUUAGGAAUUACCUGUAUUUUUAUUUGAUAGGAUAGUAUUUUUAAAUAUUGUGCUCUGCUCCUUCCUUCCUGAAUGAAGAAUUCUUCCUGUGGGUUUGGGGCAGACACUGUUGAGUGACCCUGGUCACUCCUUACUGUUCGCUGGUGGAAUUUGGGGAUCCAUUCUUCCUUGUGGAAUGGGGGGGGAAUCCUGACUAGUUUCAACCAUAUUGUGAUAAUCCCUUUCUCACUGCCAGCAAUUGGUUUAGAAUGGUCACGGGACCCAGUUCUAUUCAGAUAAAUAGAGAUAUCUGACAGGUUAUUUCUGGAAAAGGUUCCCUCAAAGAUUCAAGGAAGGAGUCCUGCAGGGUGAAGUAGAGUCUUUAGUUGAACAUUGCCUUCACGGCAUGUGAUGCCUGGUUGUGUCUUUCAACGCUGAAUUAGAAUUUAAGCAUGGCAGAACAGAAAGACUGGGAGAACCUGGGACCUGGACGAUGUGGAGCCACUGAACCAACCAGCCGUGUAGCUUGUCCACCUCUGGACUGUUGCUUCUGGAGGAGACGAAAUUUACUUUGGAGCCAGUUGAUUUCGGUUGCUCUGGUAGGGACAGCUGAAGAUAGAGUUACACCUUCGUAGGAAUUAUGCAAUGGAGAAGUGGACUUCAGGUAAAUCACUUAUUUAGAAGUACUGAUUGAGUUUGGUCUUAUUUUCUGUAAGUUUUGAUGUAAAUAGUUUGAGCACUACAAAUCAACUUGAAAUAAUUAAAUGUAUAUGUUUCCUCGAAUGGUUACAUCAUUGACCUUAGAGCCUGAUAACAAUGUCAGAUACACCUUCCUUUUUACAAUGCAUGACAUUAAAUUUGUUCAGGUUAAUUUAUGUUAUUCAUGGAUCAUCACUCCACUGUUGGUUCACAGUGUAUGGUGUGGAGGUAAGGACCUUUGCUUUCCAGUGAUCAGCCCGAGAGCCUAUAUUUGAAUAACAGCCCUGCCCACUGAGGUGAAAUGCCGUAAUUUUUCAUGUAUUUGAAUCAUUCAUGGAACCCGUUUUUGUUGCUCAGCACUUUCCCUCCAUAUUCUUCUAGCAGAUUGUGAGUAUGCUUCAUGACCGGAAUGAAAAGUCUGUUAGAUCAUAUAGUUUGUGUAGGAAAAUAUAUUCAUGGUGUAUUUGUUGAAAUGAUAGCUACAAAGAUUUCCCACAGUAGUUUGUCCUCAUAGCUUAAAUACACAGUAUGCAUUUUAAGUAAAAUAUUUAAAAAGUGUAAA